AUGAUGACAGAGUCCAAGGUUGUCGACGAUGAUACACCAUCUGAUCGUGAUGAUACUGAUGCAGAGAAGGUGUUAACAACCGGUGAUGAAAGCAAAUGCACUUUUGAAUGUUACAGUUACACAUCCAGAUUGGUACCUGAUUAUUUAAGGCUAACACCAGUUGUAAUUGAUCAGAACAGUAAAUAUUUUGAUGAAUAUUUCAAGGCGAAACAAGUGGAAAAUUUUUGUAAACGAAGUCUGUUGAAAGAGGAACAACGAUCAAACACGGUGACCAGCUGUCCACAAAACAAUGCAAUGUUGCUUUCGGUAAGUAUUGAGGAUCUUUUGUUUUGGUAA